AUGAGGAAAGGAUCUCCAACUUAUUGGAAACUCCUGUCCUUCCUCUUUGCUGUCCAAGAGAUCAACCAGGAUCCAAAAUUCUUAAUCAACAUGACUUUGGGCUACAUAAUCCAGGACAGCUAUUUUGAUGUGAAAAUGACUUCAGAUGCUCUCCUGGACCUGCUUUCAGCGGGAAAUGCCAACAUUCCCAACUACAGCUGUGGAAGGCAGAAAAACAUCCUGACUCUUCUUGAAGGGGCCUCCACGGACAUCUCCAUCCUGAUUUCACCCAUGUUGGGUACCUACAAAAUCCCUCAGAUCAGUUUUACUUUUGCUUCGCAUGUGCUAAGUGAUAAAACUCAGUUCCCCUUUUUCUACCGGACUGUCCCUUCAGUAGAAGCUCAGUACUUGGGGAUUGUGCAGCUCCUCCACCAUUUCAGAUGGACUUUAAUUGGACUUUUUGCUCCAGACACGGACGAUGGAGAAAUGUUCAUGAGAAUCUUUAGCCCACUCCUUAUAAGGAAUGGAAUUUGUGUGGUUUUGUCACAAACCAUCUCUGUGGUUGCCAGCAAUUUAAACCUUGUAUUAGAACCAUUCUACCAAUGGACACAAGUCAAUGUCUUUGUCUACUUUGGGGAACCAGGUUCCUUCAUACAUGGAAUCUUCAUUAUGCAGAGAGUGGUUCAGGCUGUGAAAGCACCCACUCCUGGCAAAGUCUGGAUCACUACACCUUCCUGGGAUUUUAUGCUGGAUUUGAGAUAUAGUCCACGAAAUAUACUCUACACUUCUGUUUAUUUUUCCUUCUUCACCCACUCCCAAAAAUGGACAAACCAGGAGGAUUUCCACUUAUUUUAUCAAUCUAUUAGCAGAUAUGUAGAGGAAAAGUUUCAUUGUUCCUAUUCAAAGCAUCCCUUGACCAAGAAAGGUUGGACCAGGUGCAUUGAGAAAGAAAAGAUGAAGAUCCAACUGUCGCAGGAGGAGAAGGAAAGAAGCUUCUCUCUAGACAACUACCAUAUUUAUCACGCUGUCUGGGCUGUGGCACAGGCAUUAAAUGCUGCAUAUUCUUCCAGAAGUAAGAAGAUGAGGAGGAAAGAUGGAGACAAGCCAGAAGUCCAUAGGUUAAAACCAUGGCAGCCUCUGCCUGCUUCCCAGUGUGUGGAGAGCUGCCGUCCAGGAUUUGUCAAGGUGCCUCGGGAAGGGAAACCUCUUUGCUGCUAUGACUGCCUUCCUUGUGCAGAAGGGACCAUCUCCACGUGGGAAGAUGCAGAAAAAUGCCUAAAAUGUCCAGAAGAUCAACAUCCAAACAUGGCCAAAGAUCAAUGUAUCCCCAAGACGAUAACUUUUAUGUCCUACCAAGAACCUUUGGGGAUCAUCCUAGCCUCUUUUAUCCUAUAUUUUUCUAUCACAACUGUCCUGGUGUUAGGAAUCUUUAUUAAAUAUCAAAAAACUCCUAUUGUCAAAGCCAAUAACCGGAACCUCUCCUACAUCCUCCUGGUCUCCCUCCUGCUUUCCUUUCUGACUUCCUUUCUCUUCAUUGGUCAACCAAGGAAAGCCACCUGCCUUCUCCGUCAAACAACAUUCAGCAUUGUUUUUUCACUUGCUGUCUCUUCUGUCUUGGCCAAAACGAUCACAGUGGUGUUGGCCUUCCUAGCCACAAAGCCAGGCCACUCGAUGAGGAGAUGGCUGGGAAAAGCUUUGACCAAUUCCAUUGUUAUUUUUGGUUCUAGUGUCCAGAUUGCCAUUUCUGCCAUUUGGUUGGGAAUCUCUCCCCCUUUUCCAGAUUCAGACAUGCAUUCCCAGUCUGGAGAGAUUGUCCUGCAAUGCAACGAAAGUUCUAUUGCCAUGUUUUAUGGAACCCUGGGCUACCUGGGCUUUCUGGCUGCCAUCUGCUUCACAGUGGCUUUUCUGGCCAGAAACCUGCCUGGGGCUUUCAAUGAAGCCAAGCUGAUCACUUUCAGCAUGCUGGUCUUCUGCAGUGUCUGGAUCUCUUUUGUGCCCACCUAUCUGAGCACCAAGGGGAAAUUCAUGGUGGCUGUGCAGGUCUUUUCCAUCUUGGCCUCCAGUGCUGGACUACUAGGCUGCAUCUUCAUCCCCAAGUGCUACAUUAUUAUCCUGAGGCCAGAUCUCAACAGAAAGGAGCAACUUAUAUUAAAAUAA